CUCAGGUAUUUAUUUAGAACCGUAACUUCACUUUCGAUACCUUUCAAUAUCUUACUUGAAACUCAGAAAUAUAGAAUUUCACUUUUCCAUAAUUUUCGUAUCAUAAUUUCUCUUCCCAUUUAAAAAUAGAAUUUAUUUUUUCUCAAUCUCUCUUCUCAACAAACUACAACUUCACUUCCAAUACUUCUCGAUAUUACUUCAUUUCCAAUUAUAUAUACCCUCUACACUUUACAUCUUACAUUUCCAUCGUACACAAUAAAAAGAAAAAAUAAAAAAUAUCAAUCACAGACACAGAAUUUCCCUUGCCACGAAAACGAAACUCCCUCGACCGAAAUUGAUCUCUUCCACGCCGUCUUUCCCAUCCACGGGACUGAGUCGAAUCGUGGAACCAACACGUUUUCGCGUGGAGGAAAAUCAUGUCCCGGCAUGCGGCAGGAAUUCGUACGGGCCGCCAUAUUUCAGUUAAAGCGCGCGGGGGUGGCGUUCAAUGCCUCCGCUCCGCGUUGCCAUGGCAAUUAAUUACCUUCAUCCCUUCCCGUGGCAUAGGUACGCCUAUAACGGGUGUACUGAUCGCGUUCGAAAGAUAUCCGUCUCGAGAGGGAGGGACGGGGGAGAGCAAAUACGUUAAUUACCAGGCGGGCCAGUCUCCGUGCAAAUUACUAAUGAGAUUUUCGCCCACCGUAAGAAAUCUCCUUUCGUAAUUUCGAGCGCGACUAGGAAGCCGUCAAAGGCUGUCGCCGUUAAUUUUGGGGAAACGAUUCGGUUAACAGGCCUCGCUCGAUUAUCUCUUUCUUCACGCGGGGGUGGAAAUACAUUUUCGAGGCGAGGUUCACCAGGAUUUCAGGGGUUGUCGAAUGAUGGUCGCUUUACUUUUAAUUGUUAAUGUUAAUUUUUGAUCGAGGCUGGAAGGGGAGGGGGAGGGUUAAACGUUUUUCGAAAGAUGGAAUAUUGAUUUGAGUUUCGAUUCUUCGAGGAUAUUGUGUCGUCGAGGGUUUGGUGAUUUUGGAAUAUAUUAAUAUCGAGUUAUAUUAAAUUUUUAACAAAUUGAAGCAAUUUAGAACAACAGUGGAACACCUGGUGAAGGGGAGGGGGAGGGUUAAACGUUUUUCGAAAGAUGGAAUAUUGAUUUGAGUUUCGAUUCUUCGAGGAUAUUGUGUCGUCGAGGGUUUGGUGAUUUUGGAAUAUAUUAAUAUCGAGUUAUAUUAAAUUUUUAACAAAUUGAAGCAAUUUAGAUGGAACACCCGGUGAACGUAACAAUCGCAACUUUUCCCCAGCCGGCAGCCACUAGAGAUAAUAGUGUAACUGAUAGUUGUGGCUAACUAGAACCCACCCUCUCGACUUUCCUCUUACCAUUUUCGGGGGUUGUCCCCUCUCCUCGACUAAUUUUCGGUCUCCCAGAGCUAUCAUUAUCGGCCGAAGAAAUCGCCCUCCCUAUUCGUCUCCGUGUCUUCUUCCGUCUACCCUUGAUUCCUCGUUCGAAAUUGACGAAACGUCGCGCUGAAUCUAAAUUUUAUAUCCGAGGAAAGAAAUCUACGUCUUCUUGUAAAUUUGUUCAAGUUCUCAACGCUCGAAAGAAAAUUAAAAAAUUACCUUUCUUGCGCGUCAAAUCAAAGAAAAAAAAAAAAAAAAAAAAGAAAGAAAGAAAGUCAAGUUAUAACGAUUAAACAAAUCCAUCGUGAAAAAGACACGCGUCUUACCCUUUCGCACAAAUUGUCUAACGCGCACCGCACAUUUCCACACGCGACCAUUACGUUAUAAUUAUUCCAUCCACCCGUGUCUUCGCUAAAUAGAUUUAAGAGAUACAAACAGUCGGCCGCAAACGCUUUAUGAAUAGCUUCAUCAAGGGACUCCAAGGAAAUAAAUAGACGAUCAUCUACAGCAGAUGGCUUUAUCGCUCAGCGGGGUAUCCGUCAACCGUAUAAAUCAGAUAUUCAUUUUAAAAAAAAAAUCACACCUCGUCCUUGUUCACGCUCAUUCCCUUCUCCUCGAAACGUGGACUCACCACCGUCUGAUCUCUCUCUCUCUCUCUCUCUCUCUCUCUCUCUCUCUCUCUCUCUCUCUCUUUCUUUGUACGCCUCAUUUCAGAAGGAAGAACAAGUGGAUUUUCUGGGAUGGAAACCAGGACCGAUCGACGACGAGCCCCUCCAGUUCCAUCGCCAUCCUCCACUUUGAAGAGAAUGUACCUGCACGACGCCUGUUCCAUCAAGCCUCCACGGCGUCUCAAUAAUCAUCGCGGUCUUUCACGUCAUCGCGAGCAAGCGUAAAAUCGUAAUCCAAUUUGUCUGGAGUGGCCGCAACAGGGCGACGAGGCCGAGCGAAUGAAGUCAUCGCGGCUUCGCCAGGGCUUGGCCGUUUAAUCAUCAUAAAUUUCGCGGGGAAACCGCGAACCGUCCCCUUUCUUACGGGUCCACUUUGUUCCUGGACCCGUGAGACCGCUUCCAACGCUCACCACCACGGCCCCAUCCUGGCCAUCGAGGUUUCACUUUGGUCGCACUUCGACAUUCUUCCGCUUCGUGCGUCUCGAAAGCUUCGCGAUGCUGAGAAGUGGUGGAGGAUCUUUGGAGUAUUCCUUUCUUUUUGUUACCGAGACGCUUAACGACACUUAAAAAGGAGAGAGGGACGUUUCAGAAGAGAAAUGAAGAUGAAAGGCGGGAGAAAGCCGCGCGGCACCUCGCGGAACGUUCCAUUUCUGCCAAACAAAUUGCCCUCCCACGCGGAGAGCCGGACAAAGGGGCCCGGCCCCGGCCCCUGCCCUCUCUGCAUUACAACCUCAUUCAAGAAUCGCGGCGGCAAGAUACAGCCUGGACAUCCAUUAGCGGUUGAACACGGUGGCUCGUGUAGAAGAGAGGCGAACGUGCAGCUCCCACCAAUCCCAGAGCAAAUAAAUUCCGCGAGGCUUUGCGCUACCUCGAGCGGACGUUAAACCAAUAUUCUCCAGGAAAUUCGUGGACCGUUUCAAUUCGUUUCGGAUCCGAACGGUUUAUACGUCGUUCACCAGAGGGAAACUCGAAGAGAACAUCGAGAAAGGAGAAAGAAAAGGUGUCCAACUCCCGAACGUCGUCCUCCAUUUUCGACGAUCAAUCAUCCCCCACAGACCUGUACGUGGAAAGACGAAUCCAUCGCCGCGAAACAUUUAUUCGUACAAUGCAUAAUAAGAUGUCCGCUUCCACCUUUCCACUUCCAUCGGCAUCUAAAGAAAUAGCCUCGUCCAAUCGGAGUGCACAGCUCACCGAAGAAAGGGAUUCUAACAUGUCUGAAAUCUUGGCGGGAGCCGGGGACAAAACAUUCGCAGCGACUGGUUUGCCAGAACGUAUAAUAAGAGUGUGAUUAGCAUUAUUUACGGCCGGUUAACUAUUAACCCAUAAAUCAACCGGAGGACUACAUUAUCCGAGCCCUGUGUUGGUGAGUGUCCGGUUGCCUCUGCGUCUCUUCUCUUUCGAAGAAGAAGAGGAAGAGGAAGAAAAAGAAGAGAAGGAAGAAGAAGAAGAAGAAGAAGAAGAAGAAGAAGAAGAAGAAGAAGAAAACGGUACCGUACCGAGGUGUGCGGACGUAGAUGUAGAUCGUCUGGACGAUAAGGGGCGAGGAGGAUUCGUGAGUCGACGAACGAUUCGAGAGGCGAGAGAGGGAGAAGGGUGGAGGAUAUAGGGGUGGAAAGGUCGAGGAAGAAGAGGACGGAGGAAAAAGAGGGCUUCUUUUUUCGUGAUUUAAGAGGACACGGUGUUCCUUCUUUCCUUUAUCAGCCGCUCCUUUCCCUUCUUGCCUACGCUGGAUCUCUCUCUCUCUUUCUCGAGCGCGAAUUUCGAGCGGAUUACGGUGAAUCAGCUCGACACCUCUGGAGCAGACGUGGCCCGAUCUAGGAUGAAUCUGGUGCCGCCGCUGUAAAAAGAUUACGUAAGCGGUAAUGGCCGCCGGCUCCUCCUAAAUUCGAGAGAACGAAGAGUUCCAUCCGGCGAGAGUACCAUCGCGAGCCGUGGUGGAACGGUGGAAGAGAGAGAACACACGGGAACAGAAAUGGCGAACAGUGUGGCGGCAGGGUGGAGGGAGAAGCGACACGACGAGCCAGGUGGCGGGGGUUAAUUUUAAUUUCCUAAUUUUUCCCACCCCGAGGCGCAGGUAAUUUCCUCCCCAGAAGAGAAUAGAUGUAAUUACUUAACGCCUCCGAGCUCUGAGCUCCUCUUAUUAAAAGAGGAUCGUGCCCUCGAGGGCUGGAGGGGUGGAAGAUACGCCUCUGGUGGGGUGGUGGGGGGGAGGAGUGGUGGAGGCACAACAAUCGUCGGGAGAAACGAUCGCGAAGAAAGGGAAACGUUGUCGGCCUCGUUCCAUCGAAGAUGGACAACGUUGGUCGAGUUUCUUUCUGUUAUACUUUCCAUACUUCGAAAGCAUCUCCCUCCUAACUCGUUCCGAUCUAAAAAAUUUAUCCCAUUCUCUAAUAAAAUUCUCCUUGAGCGCGGGAUGUAUACUUGUAAUUGCAUAUUUAAAAAAAAAUAAACAAAUAGAAAGUAAUAGAAUGAAAAAAAAAAGAAAGAAAGAAGAAAUAAGCGAAGGAGGGAAAAUAAGAGGAGGAAAUAUGGAGGACGAUUUUUCCCGGAGAAGAAAAUUUCUAGCUUGGAGGAAGAGUGUAUCUGGCGGAAUUGGAGGCUAAGGUCGAAGCUGUUGGCCAGGCUCCUCGAGCCAGGGGUGGUUUCCCCGAACGCAGUGGGGAAGGGAGGAGCCAUCUUGCGGCUGGUUUCAGGGCAGCCACCAAUUGAUUCAUCCCCACCAGGGUGCCUAUUACCGGGAGGAAGGGGCGUCGAUUCAAUUCCAGGGCAAAAAAACCGUGCACGAGGCGGAGUUCGCCUCGUAAUCCAUCCGUCCCCAUUGGCCGGGAACGGAGUGGCACCCGUGAACCCGCUAUCCGGCCGGCCAAUCGGGUGCCUCUGGGUGGCGAUCCAAACCAGUUUCAAAUCCAUAGACAGAGGGGAGCCGUUGACUUCGCUCGGCAGCCAGAUAGUGCUGUGCCGUUGGCUCGUGCCGUAGUGGUCCUAAACACACUAACAGGUCCUUGCCAGGCCGAGGAAUCCCUGGAAUCCGCUCGUCGCGCGAAUUGGCCGAAUUCGAACCACGCACCCGCCGAAACACCCCUUUUUUGGUGACUGUAAUCUCGUCAGCUGAUCAGUGUUUUCGUGGCCGGCCAAUUGCGUAACCUCAGGUGCGAUCGCAUUGUCCAGGCGUUGUCUUUAACAAGUGUCAUCUCUCUGACUCCAGUGAUUUUGUUUCACCUGUGUUUUGCCGAGAUGAUCCUGUUUCACUUGGUGACUUUUACAAGUUCGGUGCGUUGAGGGAAGAUGAACAUUCGGGACGAGGAUUGGACAGGAUCUUAGACUGAUAGGGUUAUAACCUGAUUUUUCGAUGAAAUUGUUUUCAGUGACCGAGUGAUAAUUGUCGGGAAAUUGUGACAGAGGAAAAGGCCGAUGGAUUGUUGAGAUUGAUACACGAAUAUUGACGAAAUAUCUCUCGAACAAACUGAUAGUUUUAACUGAUCGUUUUAUGGAAUUUAAAAUCGUUGUUGUGAGAUUUAUCGAGGACUUUGGUAAAGAAAGAAAACGAGUAAAAGACUGAAGAGACUGAGAUUAAAGAUAGCGAAAGAGAGCGGAAAAUUUAUUGAAAUCCUCUCUGCCGAAGGAUCAUUUAAAAAAGCGAAAAAGACUGGUUACCAUAGAUAGACAGAAUUCUCUGAGCACGCUUUCCGACGGCUGUCGACUUGCCACAAUCACGUUAACACAAUCCGUCUUCACAUCUCCGCGAACCAUUGAUCCCCAACAAAUAUGAACACCAUUUUAUCCGCGUAUGUCUAAAAAUCUUUAAACUCCAUUUAUUCAAACAUCAAAUCUCUCUCCUAUAUAUAAGAUGUAAACAAACAAAGUGUCUACAAACAGUCCAUAUUCGACAAAAACUUAUUGACAUCGCACGUGUGCAACAAUAAUAUCCCGGGCCCUCGAGAGUUCCAAGAAAAACUUCGCAACACUCGCCGGUUCACAUGAAGCUGAAGGAACCGCGGCCACCUCAUUCGUAGUGCGUCAUCGAGCUCGAAAGGAUAUAGAUGCAAAAUAAGUGAGAUCUCUCCAGUGGAGAGAGAAACAGUCGCCACGUUGGUACCAAACAUGGUCCUGGAGCCAGGAGGUGGUCUGUCCUUCCCACUGCCUCCUGGUAGCGGUUCCGCCGGUUCCGGUGGUUCCCUGCUGACACCGGCCAGGCUGUUCCAGAGGGCGACACCCGUGUUUCCGUUCCACCUGGCAGGAUGGCCACCCCAUCAUCCGGUCCUCGGCCAGGUACAAAGCCAGGUACAGCAGACGAUGCAGGCCCAGCAUCAGGCGGCGGCUGCCGCUGUCAGGUUCCUCAGUCAUCAUCAUCCUCAUCAUCCGCAUCCGGCACUGGGGAACCACCCCCUGGUGCCGGCGAUAACUAGCCACCAUCCGACCGCCCAUCAUCUUCAUCACGGUGCCGAUCACGCCGACGAGGAUGACGAGAAGAAAGGUUGCGAUGGCGAAUCGGACGAAGGUGGAAGCAAGAGGCGAAGGAGCAGGACCAACUUCAAUAGCUGGCAAUUGGAGGAAUUGGAACGGGCAUUUCUCUCGAGUCAUUAUCCCGAUGUGUUUAUGCGAGAAGCUCUGGCUGUGAGACUCGAGUUGAAAGAGAGCCGCGUAGCUGUAUGGUUCCAAAACAGAAGGGCAAAAUGGAGGAAGAAGGAGCACACGAAGAAGGGUCCAGGAAGGCCGGCGCACAACGCUCAUCCUCAAAGCUGUAGUGGCGAACCAAUUCCACCUGAAGAGUUGAGAAGGAAGGAGAGGGAAAGGCGGCAGAAGAAAUUGCUGAAAGCUCUUGAACGACAGCAGAGGAAAUUAGCUGCAAAGGGAAUCACCGUCGACCUCUCGACCCUUCGAGCCGAAUGGGAGUCCCGAAGCGCGGCAGCAUCCGGCGGAAACUCCCUGAACGGAAGCCUGGGAAGCUCUUUCAACCACUUGAGCAACAACAACGAGAGCAGCAGCGUGUCUGGCUCUGGCAACGACGCGAACGAGGAGAUAGACGUUGUCGGGGGUUUGGAUUCUUGCAGCGAGAGCGGCAGCGAGAGGGUCGACUCCACCGCCGAUGGUUCCAUCGAUGGAGAGUGUUACUCGAGACUGGGGAGCAGUGGCAACGAUCAGAACGAUCCUCGAAGAUCGGUGAACCAGGUCGCGGGAAGUCUUCAGAGUCCAAACUCGAGCCUGAACCUGGACCACUUGAAUCACCAGCAAGGGAUCCAUCAUUGGGGCCUGACCUCCCUCCUCGAGAGAAGGAGAGAGUUGGUGAACAUCAACAGCGCGGGUGGACCACGUCAAACAACGAACAACCCCGGAAGAACAUCGGUCAGGCAACAGACCAGCGAGGAGGAGGUGCAGAGCAGUAGCAUAGACCUGAGUGUGAAGGGAAGGGAGGAGAGGAAGAGGCUCAACCCUUUCUCUAUCGAUAGUUUACUGGGUAAUAACAGAACGAGCACCCCCGGUAUCCACAACGAAUACAGAGCCUCGACGCCCACUCUGUCCAAUGGCAGGGAGUCGAUGAGCCCGACGUCACCGAUCUCGGUUCCAACUUCGCCAUCCACCACGUAGUGAGCCAAGAAUCCGUGUUUCUUCUAUUCGUACGGUGGCCAAUGAAUUAUGGUGUUGGAACACAACGAAGAAUACGGGCAAGUUUCGCGAGGACAUUUAUUAAGGAACAUUAUCGAGAACAACGAGACGGAAGAUAGAGUUUCUCACUGUUUUAGGAUAACAAUUGUAUUAUCUGUUCUAAAAAAAAAAAUGGGAACGAGAGUUCCUGAUGGAUCUGAGAGUGAUACAAGGAUUGGAACGUGGAUUCGUUUUUUCAUUUGUCGGGGAAAACGAUUGUUGACGAUUUCGUUGACGCCGAUCGAUGAAGUUUGAAGAUGUUUGAAGAUGUUUGAAUUGAUGAGUUUCUUCUGCGAGAGAAACGGUGAUUCGAUCGACGAGAGUUUCCUCUAUCGAGACGAGAGGAGAAAGGAAAGCUUAUAUCAGUUUCGACAUAUCUGCAUCGAGUGCGUGAGUGACGUUGAGACUGCGUGUCACUGCGUGGUUCUGACUUUCUUCUUUUGUCCUGCGUGUUCGAGUGUGGAGAUCGAGACGAGAAUGUGCAAUAAAACACACGGAUAAAUCGUUCUUUUCUUCCCUCUCUUCUUCAAGUGUUAUGUGUAGAGGGAGAGAGAAAGAAAGAGAGAGAAAGAGAGAGAGAGAGUUAUUACGUUAAGUGAGGAUGCGUGUGCGAGAGAGCGACAGACUGCGCGUGUAUUUAAUGUAAAUAGCUCGAAAGUAUGGACGAUUCCGUUUUAUUUAAAUCUGAUUCGUAGCCGAUACCCCUCCCAGUGUUCGUCUGAUUCGCGGAUAUUAUUUAAAAAAGCAAUAGAGAUUUUUCGCCUGGCACGCGUGUAUAUAUAACAAUAGAGAUUAAAUCGAAAGUUUUAGACAUUGCGUGGAGGGAUGCCGAUGAGAAAAUAAAGAAGCGGUACAAAGCUGAAUUACGGGAUAUAUCUCCUCUUCUUCUUUUUUUAUGCGUCGUGCAAGAGUGCAUUUUGUGAGAAAGAGAGAAAAAAAGAGAAAGAGAGAAAGACAGAGAUGUUGAAGAUCGAUAAGAAGAGUGAAGAGGAGAAGAGAGAGAGAGAGAAAGAGAAGGAGAGAAUGAAAGAAAAAGAGAGAAAGAGAGAGAGAGAGAGAGAGGAGAUGUUAUGAGAUGCCAUAAAA